AUGACAACAAUGUUGACGAAGAGUUUGGCACAGAUGCAUCCAAAACUGCGUACCAAUGGUAUGGGUAUCGGUAACAACCACAGAAGGAUAUCGUUGGGGUUCCUUCAACCCAGCAAACGGAACCCAUUGGUGAAAAAAUAUAAACCCAGGAGAAGGUAUGGUUCAGAUCAGCAGAGUUUCCGGUCUUUGGGAGAUGACUUUGGGAGCACAGUCGCACGUGAAGACCCAAUGGAUGCGAUCGACGAAGAGGUUGGAGAUACCGAGUCUCAAGACGGUGGAGAGCUUAGUAGGACAGUUUCACUCCCUUCAAGAGUGAGUGAGACUCCCGAUGUGCAUUCGGAGGUAGAUUGGAUCUUGGAAGAGCACGAAAGAAGAUAUUCCACUGCGCAUCGGAGCGAAGAGGGUUCGGUACAGGAUGAAACGGAAUACAAUCGACCACCGGAUCAGGACGAACAAGAGCAGCAAGAGAAUCUGGAAUAUGGCGACUUCAUGAAGCGGGUCAGACAACAGCUGAUGUACGACGUACACAGACGGCAGCCCAGACCGUCGUUCGUGUCCGUGAGCAGUCGUGGAUCAGUCCCCAAUAUUUACGAAUCCGUGGACCAUGAAGAAGAUUAUAAGCGCGAACUGGUCAUUUUCAAAAGCGAGGCAAAAGUCUUGGCUUCUUACUCCAUACCGCUAAUCCUGACUUUUCUUCUAGAACAGCUUUUUCCCUUGGUGUGCUCGCUUACAGUUGGCCACCUAGGUAAAAACGAGCUUGCAGCAGUCUCUCUAGCGUCAAUGACCACGAAUAUCACUUUGGCAGUUUUUGAGGGGAUUUCCACAAGUUUGGACACACUAUGCCCGCAGGCUUAUGGGUCUGGCAACUAUCGAGGCGUAGGAAUACAUUUACAAAGAUGUAUUGCGUUCUCCAUGGUUGUCUACAUUCCGUUUGCCAUUUUUUGGUAUUUCUCAGAGUAUUUCCUGGGCUUUGUUGUGAAAGAAAAGGAGCUGGUGAGCUUAACAGCCAAAUUUCUGCGAGUGGCGAUACUGGGUGCUCCUCCCUACAUCAUAUUUGAAAACCUGAAAAGGUUUUUACAAGCGCAGGGCAUUUUCGAUGCUGGAAUAUACGUUCUUUUGAUCUGUGCACCUCUGAAUAUUCUGACUAGUUACACGCUAGUGUGGAACUCCAAGAUCGGUGUAGGGUAUAUUGGUGCCCCAAUUGCAAUGGUCCUCAACUUUUGGCUCAUGCUUGCUCUGCUUUUGCUGUACAUUCUUUAUGUGGACGGCAAACAGUGCUGGGGUGGCUUCAAUAAGAAGGCGUUCACUCAUUGGAAGGCGCUUUCUGAGCUGGCCAUACCAGGCAUCAUUAUGUUGGAAGCUGAGGAUCUCUCGUACGAGAUCUUGACCCUGUUCAGUUCCUACUUUGGAACCAGCUAUUUGGCUGCUCAGUCAGCUGUGUCUACGACCGUGACUUUGACCUACAUGAUCCCAUUCGCCGUUGGCAUAUCAUCAUCUACUCGAAUCGCGAACUUUGUAGGCGCCAGGAGACCAGACUGCGCCAAAAUGGCAUGCAAAGUGGGCAUAUUGUGCUCUUUGUUCGUCGGUCUUUUCAACUGCGUGGUUUUGAUCAGCUGCCGUGAGCUCAUUGCUAAUGUGUACUCCAGAGACGCAGAAGUGGUCAAAUUGAUAACAGAUCUGUUGCCGUUGGUUGGUGCAGUCGAGAUUUUUGACUCUUUGAAUGCCAUCGCAGGCUCCUGUUUGCGUGGCCAGGGUAUGCAGGCGAUUGGCGGCGUCAUUAACCUGGUUGUCUACUAUCUGCUAGCGAUUCCAAUGGGUAUUCUACUCGGCUGGACUUUCGACAUGAAGUUGUUCGGCUUGUGGAUUGGUAUUGGAACCGGGAUGUUUUUGAUUGGCAUGACAGAGGGCUACCUCGUGCUAUUUCCGAACUGGAAGAAGGUGCUCGAGCGUGCUGAGAUGCGCAAAGAGGCAGAAGACGCUGAGGAAUUAGAAUCUGAUGACGAAUAUUUCUCCAGCGACUCCGACGAAAACGAACCCACUGAAGAGUCCAGACUGCUACACAGAUAA